AUGGCGGGGCACACGGAGGGCGGAGCGGGAGCGCUUCCGGGGAGGAAGCUCCUGAAGCUGCUUCCGCUGGGCGUCAGUCAGGUGCCGAGGCACUCAGAUCUCCACGCUGAGCAGAACAGUCCUCCUGGUGUGGCGGCGUUCGUCACGCAAUGCCUCAAAGAAGCAACCGAAGAAGACUUCAGUUCCUUUCACAAAAUGGGGGAGGCAAGAGAGAACGUGGACACUGACGGGAAGAAGCAUCCCAUUGUUAUCGAGAAGCUGAAGAAGAAAGACGAUGUGGAGGGGACGUGGUUUGCGAGGCGGAGUCUGCACGAGGAGGUGAGCUAUGAAGAGCUAGAUGAGGUGCUAAGGAAGGAUCAUGAGAGGAAUGAGAUGGAGUAUACGCCGGCUAUUUAUGAUGUUAAUACCCUUCUCGAAUGGCACGUGGAUGAGGAGAUCGAGGGCGUGAGGGAUGUCAAUAUCAGGAUAACACAAAUGCAUCACAGCAUGCCCGCCCCUGCCCUUCUCAACGACCGCGUCUUCACCGUCCUCCUCGUUUCCUUCAUCCCCACUCGCCCCGUCUCCGGAACGCUCUCUCAAUCGAUCGAUCUUCAGCUCCCCGUCGACCUGUCUACUUUCCCUCCCGCCGUCAGGGAGCAGAGUCACGUUCAAGUUGUCAACGCAAAACACAUCUACAAGAGCCCCGAAUCCGGAACUGCUUUCCAGAAGAAGCAAGAUGGCCGCAAGAUUGUCGAGGGGAGGUACGUCAGUUUAGAGAAGAUCGCCAAGGUGGAGAAGGAUGGGAAGAUGGUCAGCAAGUGGGAGAUGACAACGAAUAGUGAUGCGGAGGGGUCGCUGCCGCUGGGGGUGCAGAAGCUGGGGGUGCCGGGCGCGAUCGUGAAAGAUGUGCCGCUGGCGAUUAAGCAUAUCAUCAAUAAUCGGCCCCAGGAGAGAGGUAUGAACGGUGAAUAG